ACAUAAAUUGUGAGUGCAGUGUAUGAGUGGCACAGCUGCAACCAUGUGCGAAGCAUUCAGCAAGUGUCGGUCAGUGCUGGUAACCGGGGCCAGCAGGGGCCUGGGGCUGCAAAUGGUCAAAGAUUUGGUGAAGAAGCCUGAGAGGCCAGGUUUGAUUAUCGCAACUGCCCGUAACCCAGCGGCUGCAGAGGACCUUCAGAGAGUUGUCAAAGAGCACCCCAGCAUCCGUGUUGUAACACUUGAUGUGACCAGUCAAGCCAGUAUAGAUGCUGCCGUUGAGGAGGCGUCAUCUCUGCUGGGGGCCGAGGGGCUGAACUGCCUUAUAAACAACGCAGCCGUCGGCAAGACUAUCAACCUGGAAAUGGUGACAGCCGAGGAGAUGCUGAAGACAUAUGAAAGCAACACUGUGGCCCCUCUCAUGGUCACUAAGGCUUUUUUGCCGCUUCUGCGAGCAGCUGCGAUGCGUGGCUCUGGGAUGGGGAUCCACAGAGCUGCUGUGAUCAACAUGUCCUCCAUUCUUGCUUCCAUUCAGCUGAACUGGGGAGCUUUGGCGGAAUUCAAGUGCUAUCCCUACAGGGCCUCCAAGGCAGCCUUGAACAUGGUGACGAGGUGUCUAGCCGUAGAUCUGGAGUCGGAGGGAAUUCUCUGCGUGGCCGUCCACCCGGGCUGGGUGCGCACUGACAUGGGGGGGCCACGGGGUGAGCUGAGUGUGGGAGAAAGUGCUUCUUCAAUCCUGAGUGUGCUUGCUGGAUUGUCUGAAAAGGAUCACGGAGGAUAUCUGGACUACGCAGGGAAAACACUGCCUUGGUGACAUUUCCGUUGGGAAUAUUUUGUGCGCCUCCUUAAUUCCUCUUUAUUGUAACUUGGCUGUAGCCGUUUAAUUCUGAAAUAAAUUA